AUACGACCAUAUCCAUUGGAAAACACGGGGUCCCCCUCUCAACCUAUCCAACUGUAACACGUUACAUAUUUUUAUGUCCAGCUCGACAUUUGCUAGCGCCUGUUUAUUUGCAUACUCUGCCAACCAAGAACGAUUUUCAACCCCCUAGGUUUCCCAGAAGAUUCACGGCCACACGCAUCCGGGCGCCCUUAGAUUAAAGCUCCAAUGUUUCUUAAUCUCAUAUUAUGUCUUUUGCCUUCUCUUAAUGCUGUCAAAGCCCAUGGCGGUGGCCACGGCUGGACGGGACCCGUCAUCGGGAUCGAUCUGGGCACAACAAAUAGUCGCGUCGCGGUGAUGCAUCAAGGAGAGGUUGAAGUUCUUCUUCACAACAACGGAAGCACAGACCUUCCUAUAUGUAUCGCCUUCCCUGAUGUUGGUUUCUCGCUGGGCAAAUCUGUGAAGGGUCCGCUGGAAGUAAACCCAAAGACAACCGACGUCGGCGUCGGGAAUGAUAUUGAGCGUUACAUUCCCUGCGAUCUCAGUGGUGAGCGGACCUUGGCUGAUAUCGACCACUUGCCUUACAAUCUAGGUUCCCGAGAGGGUCAGCCGGUCUUCAACGUCAAGAGAAACGGCUUAGAAUGGCAAUUCCCAGUAGAGGACGUUUACGCUAGAAUAUUUGCAUAUUUGCGAAGGAGAACAGAGGUAUAUCUCGGCAAGGAGGUUACUCAUGCUGUCAUCACGGCUCCAGCCUGCUUUAGUGCCAGCCAGCGACUGGGUCUCAUAAAUGCCGCAUCCGUCGCCGGCCUCAAUGUUCUCCGAAUCGUCAGCAAACCCAUGGCUGCCGUGCACGCUGUAGGGCUGGGGUGUGCCGGCCUUACCGGCAAAUAUAUUGAUGACGAACAUCAUGUUCUCGUCUAUCACUUCGGCGGUGGUAAUUUGGAAGUGUCGCUGCUGUAUCAUGAUAUGGGCGUAUACAACACCUUAGCCGAGGAUAGCGAAACCCGCCUUGGUGGUGAAGAUUUUAAUGAGGUGAUUGUCAACUACCUUACUGUAGUUUACAACGAGAGGAAUGCAGUCAAUAUCACUAAAGAUCCCACAGCUAUGGGAAAGCUCUAUCGUGCGGCUGAAAAGGCUAAGCGGGAAUUGUCGACGCGGACAAACACUCAUCUCGAGAUUCAGUCAUUCCACGAGAGAAGAGAUUUCUCUGGGACCCUGACACGCACCAAAUUCGAGGAAUUAAGUAUGGGCUUAUUUCAAAACCUUUUGGAGCCGAUUGAACGACUUCUCAAGCUCAGCAAUGUCAGCAAAGACCAGAUCGAUGACGUUAUCCUAAUUGGUGGCUCUACACAUAUUCCCAAAGUUCGGGCUCUCAUUGAAGAGUUCUUUGAAGGAAAGAAAGCUAUCAACAUUAUCGACGGCAACAGGGCGGUAGUCCUCGGUGCUGCAUAUGAGGCUGCUCUUCUCUCUGACGAUCCUGAUGUGUGGCUCAGCGCGCAACACUUCUGGGAACUCCAAGAAGCUAUGCGUAAACAGUACAGCGGGUUAACACUGGGUGUUCAAACAAGCACUGGGGCCAUGACCAAGCUGAUUCGGCGUAGCACCCGUAUGCCCACCAAUGCGACCCAGACCUUUUCCACAGCCGUCGACAACCAGACUUCGAUUUUCAUCCAAGUGUUUGAGGGCGAGCGUUAUCAAGCCCGUGACAAUAAUUUGCUCGGCCAGUUUUGGCUGACAGGUAUUCCGCCCAUGCCUCGUGGUAUCCCUCGCAUUGAGGUUGCAUUGGAACUUGAUUCCAGUGGUAAUAUCAAGGCUGUGGCCUACGACACGGGCACCGGUGCAGAGAAGUCUAUUCUCAUUCGCAACUCUGAGGACCGCAUAUCUCAAGAGCACCUCGAUCGCAUGGUCUUGGCGGCUGAGCAGCAUGAGAAACAAGACUCGGCCAUGCGUGAGCUGUUAAACAGCCAAGGAAGCCACCUCAUCUUUGGACGCUGAAGAUACUGUUGGAGAAGUUUUCACACAAAUAUAACCCAAACAAGGCUUAUCAUGUAUGUAUUGGGCCGCAAGAUCUGAGCCCAAUGCUACUUUUGUUUCUUACCACACAAAUGAGGCGGAGCGUCGCUUGGGAAAGCCUAGUGAGGCUCUGUUCGCUAUGCUUUGAGUCGCUAUUGGACAAAAGCGCUCUAAGCACCGAUAAAUAUGUACAUAAGAUUGCAUACCUAGCACUUUUGUGUUAGUUGCCAGUAUAGAGGGCUUAUUGGAUGUUACGUUGCCUUGCUGCGGCUAUAUGACCUCAAGGUGGAGGGAGAGAUUCUUCAUUGCAAGAACUUCUCUUGUAAGAUUCUUCGUUGAUUCUGCC